ACCCGCAUACAACGGAACAUACAAAGGAACCUGAACAUCCACAGAUGGAUAGCACGCCUGAACCAUCCCCAACUACGGGAGAAAUGAAGGCAGCUACAGAGAUCUUGGAGACAGAACGUACGGAGGAGACACUGACGACAUCUAAGAGCAUGGAUGAGAUUUCCUCGACCACCAUCAGAACAGUAACUGAAAUGACCACGGAAACAGAGAAUGAACCAGAUGUUGGUUUACUGGGGUCAACGUCUUCAGCAGAAAUAUUAACAACCGAACACAUGGAUCAAACAGAAUAUCCACUUACAAAGAGUGUAGAGGAAGCCUCACCAACAACAAAAAACCCAGAGACAGGGGGAUUACAAAUGACACCUACUGUUGAAAAAGGUGAAAGCACACAUAUUACUGAAUAUAUAGAGAAACCUGAAAAUGUACUAACAGGAAGUACACCUGAAGCAUCCACAACUACGGUAAACAUGAGAACCGAACUGCCUGGAGACUUGGGAAGUCCUUCAACAACAAAGAUCAUACCAGAAACAGAAAUGACUGUGGAAACUACGGUGGAGGAUAAACCAACAGAUGCUUUGGCAGAGUCAACACCGACUGCGGAAAGAUUAGAGACUGAUCAUCCAGAUGAAACAACAUUUCCAACAGCACAGAGUACCGAUGAAACUUCACAAACUACAAAGAAUUCCGAUGAGGUGACAGAAGGGCUAGACAUUUCAUCUACAAUUGAACACACGCUUAAUACUGAACCAGACAUGUUACAGACAGAAAGCCCACAAUCGCCAACUACAGAACACGCGAGGACAGAACUUGAAGACUGGGAAAGUCCUUCAACCACAAGCAUUGUUCAACCCUCAACUGCUACUGAGAACCUGGAGACAGAAGGUACUGAGGAAACACAGAUGCCAACUAAGAGUGUAGAUGAUGUUUCAUUAACUACGGCUGGCCCUGAAAUGAAAACUACAGUGGAAAAUACAAUGGCGAAUAAACCAACAGAUGUUUUUGCAGAGCCAACUACUGCUGCAGAAAGAUUAGAGACUGAGCAUUUUGUUGAAACCGUAUUUCCACCAACACAGUGCACCGAUGAAACUUCACAAACUACAAAAAACCCAGAGACAUUGACAGAGGGAAUAGAUAUCACCCAUACAACUGAACACCUGCAUACAACGGAACAUACAAAGGAACCUGAACAUCCACAGAUGGAUAGCACACCUGAUCCAUCCCCAACUACGGGAGAUAUGAAGGCAGCUACAGAGAUCUUGGAGACAGAAUGUACGGAGGAGACACUGACGACAUCUAAGAGCAUGGAUGAGAUUUCCUCAAUCACCAUCAGAACAGUAACUGAAAUGACCAUGGAAACAGAGAAUGAACCAGAUGUUGGUUUACUGGGGUCAACGUCUUCAGCAGAAAUAUUAACAACCGAACACAUGGAUCAAACAGAAUAUCCAUUAACAAAGAGUGUAGAGGAAGCCUCACCAACAACAAAAAACCCAGAGACAGAGGGAUUACAAAUGACACCUACUGUUGAAAAAGGUGAAAGCACACAUAUUACUGAAUAUAUAGAGAAACCUGAAAAUGUACUAACAGGAAGUACACCUGAAGCAUCCACAACUACGGUAAACAUGAGAACCGAACUGCCUGGAGACUUGGGAAGUCCUUCAACAACAAGGAUCAUACCAGAAACAGAAAUGACUGUGGAAACUACGGUGGAGGAUAAACCAACAGAUGCUUUGGCAGAGUCAACACCGACUGCGGAAAGAUUACAGACUGAACAUCCAGAUGAAACAGCAUUUCCAACAGCACACAGUACCGAUGAAACUUCACAAACUACAAAGACUACAGAUGAGGUGACAGAAGGGCUAGACAUUUCAUCUACAAUUGAACACACGCUUAAUCCUGAACCAGACAUAUUACAGACAGAAAGCCCACAAUCGCCAACUACAGAACACGUGAGGACAGAACUUGAAGACUGGGAAAGUCCUUCAACCACAAGCGUUGUUCAACCCUCAACUGCUACUGAGAACCUGGAGACAGAAUGUACUGAGGAAACACAGAUGCCAACUAAGAGUGUAGAUGACGUUUCAUUAACUACAGCUGGGCCUGAAAUGAAAACUACAGCGGAGAAUAAACCAACAGGUGUUUUAGCAGAGCCAACUACAGCUGAAUCAUUAAAGACGGAACAAAUCACACCAACUGAAUGUGUUUCCAAACUCACAGAUGUGUAUACAACAGUUGAAAACCAAGAACUGGACACUCCAAAAGAAACUUCAAGUAUGACAACAGAGACUGCAUUAAUACCUAUGUCCACUCCAGACAUCCAAGAGACAGGAAGUCAACAUCAAACUGAAAGUCCACAUUCGCCGAGUGUAGGUGCACAUCAACCAGAAUCUGUGUUCACAAAAGAAAUCAAGAUUCAUACUACUGAAACUGUACCAACAGCUCUUACAGAGAGUUCAAAAACGGAAAAGGUGUACACUGGCAUUAGAGCUAAAUACUCUCCAACCACUGAGAGCCCAGAAACCAUGACAACAGAAGAAGCCAAAAAGAUAGUGACAAAACAUCCAGAAGCGACCGAAAAUCCACUAAUAGCCACGGACGGUGAACAUGGCUUGGUUUUGCCCGGCUGCACAGGCUUGAUCCAUCGCACCGAGGCCGGGAUGAGACGCUGUGCGCAGAGAUGGAGUUUCGAAGUUGGAAAGAGACUGAAACAGACCCAGUUCCCUGCGGAGGCGAUGUCUCCGAUCCUGGACAGAGCAGUACCAGGAGAGGGUCAAUCUCACAGCUCAGGGCCCACAGGGAUGUCUAGUCCAGGCACAGGGGCUCUAACCGUGUCCGAGGGCGAUACAGGCCAUAAAGCUCUGCCUGCAGAAAGGAACGCGCAGAGGACAGACCAUAAAUCAAAUCCUGUCGGUGACAACGACAAUGACCAUUUCUAUUACUUUAAUGGGAAGCUGAAAAAAGUUCACAAUUAUUUUGAUCCUAAAGAGAGCGGUGCGUUGAAUUCCUACAAAAGCCCUCUCUCCCAUAAGAAAAGGAACCUGUCAGAAGGAAAGAAAGAUCAUUUGGACAGUAAACAUCAGUUGAAAGGUCACUCCCAGAAGAACAAGACAGCCUUGUAUUCUUCUGAAAUGAUGAGCAGAGACAAGCGGGAUGUUACCACAUUUAGAAAUCAAGCCAGCGACGAGGCCAGUAACAAUCAUCCUCCUGCCCCCUCAGCAAGUGUCAUAAAGACACAUGCUGAAGGUAACACAGUAUCUAGAAAAAUCCAAAUGAAAAUUACAAAUGCUAAUUUAGCUGCUGGCAGAGAGAAAAAUGUAGAAGAACAACAACAGGACAGAGACAGAGGUAGAAGUCGGUCCAGAAUCUGCCAGGGACUCAUUCAUCAUGGUGGGUCUGUAUUAUACUGCAUAUUGAAGACACUACAGUCUAAGGCUCCUAUUUAUGAUGUUAGUGAUUCCGCCAGUCAAAAGGUCACUGGAUUUAAUCAAAUCUGGACGACAGGGGCAGAUGUACACGAUUUAAUACCAUUUCCCUCUGAAAAAGAAUAGACAGAUAUCUCAGCAUGCUAUUGCGUCACAUCUCCCUCCUCUCUCUCUCUCUCUCUCUCU